AUGCCUCAAAACUCGAAUGGCAGCUCAACGCCAACAGGGUCGCAAUCGGGACGCCCAUCGUCCAACACGUUUCGCUCAGGCUUGCUGACAAUUCGAAUCUUUGCUGGGCGCUCUCUUGCGCUCCCUCCAAAUGUCCCCAUGCCAGAGAUCAUCGAGCGCGCACUUGCCUCUCACCAGCAGCAAGCUCAAUCACAGCCGGCAAAGCAAGCAAACCAUCGCAUGCGCGAUUCUGUCCAGCGCAAACGCUAUUGGUGGCUUCCGUACGUCGUCCUCGAAUUCGACAAGAACGAGAUCUUGGUCGAUGCGCUCGGUGGCGAUAUCUCUGCUCCAAGCUGGCUUUACAAGGCAAACUUCGACGUCUCGCGCACCUCUCCCCUCUCAGUGUCGGCUUACUUGCGCACCUCGCCAUCUGGUGUCCAGGGCGAAAACAAUCCUGACAUGGGUAACGACAUUCUACUUGCACGAGUAGAUCUCGUCCCUACCUUGGACUCUCCGCACAUGUCUGACCAAUGGUAUACCGCAAACGCCGGGCAAGGAGAAUUCCACCUACAAAUCGCCUACAAACCCAUUCGCAACGAACCGCUCACUAUUGAAUCCUUUGAGCUGCUCAAAGUCAUCGGCAAGGGCAGCUUUGGAAAGGUGAUGCAAGUGCGCAAGAAGGAUACCCAACGAAUCUAUGCCCUCAAGACCAUUCGAAAGGCACACAUUGCCUCACGACCAGGAGAAAUCACCCACAUUCUCGCCGAGCGAACCGUUCUCGCUCUCGUCAACAAUCCGUUCAUCGUCCCACUCAAAUUUUCGUUCCAAACACCUGACAAGCUCUACCUCGUCAUGUCGUUUGUCAACGGUGGAGAGCUAUUCUACCAUCUCCAACGAGAAGGUCGCUUUGAUCAACAUCGAUCACGCUUCUACGCCGCCGAGCUUCUCUGUGCAUUAGAGCACCUGCACGCAUUCAACGUGGUAUAUCGUGACCUUAAGCCGGAGAACAUUCUUCUCGACUAUACCGGUCACAUUGCGCUUUGCGACUUUGGGCUUUGCAAGCUCAACAUGUCUGAAACGGACAAGACGAAUACGUUCUGCGGUACGCCCGAGUACAUUGCACCCGAGCUGCUCGAAAGUCAGGGAUACACCAAGACGGUAGACUGGUGGACGCUCGGUGUUCUUCUCUACGAGAUGAUGACGGGACUUCCACCUUUCUACGAUGAAAACGUCAAUCUCAUGUACCAGCGGAUCCUUCAUGAUCCUCUUCGAUUCCCAGACGACAUGGGCAGCGAGGCCAAGAGCGUGAUGGUUGGGCUACUUCAGCGGGAUCCCAACAGAAGAUUAGGAAACAAUGGAGCCGAGGAAAUCAAGAGGCAUCCAUUCUUCUCGCGACACAUUGACUGGAAUCGUUUGAUGGCAAAGAAGAUCCAGCCUCCGUUCAAGCCACUUGUCGACUCGGUGCUCGACGUCGCCAACUUUGAUUCCGAGUUUACGUCGGAGCAAGUCAUCGACUCUGUCGUCGAGCCCAGCCAUCUGUCCGAGACGGUGCAAGAGCAAUUCAAGGGCUUUACGUACAAUCCCAACAAUGAACAUCUCAGCGAGAGCGUCAACUAUCACUAG